CACCGUGUUUAACAAAUACAAUCAACAAGACAAACAAAAAAUCAAAGUAGCCACUAAAAAGAGCAAAACCCUUGAACCAAAACUAGACAUGAGGAAUCUCUCUUACAACCAAUCAAUCAGAGUGCAACAAGAUCAGAAUCUGCUUGUCCUAUCAUAUCGAAAUCCAUGGCUAUUGAGCACAGCAAGCCAUGUGUUGCCUCCUACGUAUUGCUCAACUACAUCCAAUACAGUUAAUCUCAUAAUGGCGAAGGAGGAGGAUAUGAAAUGGAUUGCUCUAAGCUAAAGAGGGAGCCGAGAUAGAGAGAUCAGGUUCAAAGAAGAGUAGAAGAUCCCAAAGGAUCCACAAACCUUAAUGGAAAACACUGAUUCCCAACUACAGUCACCGGAGAAGUCCUGAUCCUCCAUGAUCUGAUGACCAACCAAGCAACACUAACCCACUAGGGAUGUCAAAGGGGAUGGCUUCAGCAAAGUGAUGACACAACCAACCUGGGAAAAACACCACCAUCCUUAUAUGAAUGAGGCGCCCAAACUGCUACCUCCAUAUCCUACAAUGAGCAAAGCCCAUAACAGAGAACCUACGAAUCCAAAGAAGAGCAGCAGCUCAACUGAAAAAGGGGGAAAUUGAAGGCCACAACUGCUAAAAAAACAUAACUGAAAAUUUGAUGGAAAAUGCCCAAAUCAAAGGCUAGAGACACAAAAGCAUGAAAAUAACAAUAAAAGGGGUGCCAACGACAGCCUUGUCACCAAAAGGGAGCCAACGACAGCCCCUUAAAGGCAUAGCAAGACAGAGAGAAAUUUAAAAUUAAAAUUAGAGAGAGUUUGUUGAAAAAAUAGCUUUCAUUAUACGUAUUUGUGUGUAUCUAAAUAUGACAUUUUCAUCAAGGUUGGUUGUUUACAUAAAUAUUAUAAGAAGAAAAUUAUAUAAAACAUCGCAGUUAAAAAAAAAUAUUUUUCCAAUCUACAGAAGUAAAAGACUAAUUCAUGCAUGAAUUAAGGAAGACAAAAUGUUGAAUUAUGGUGCUGGUAUUUUCUUUACUGCAAAACCGAAUUGGUGUGAGAAUAACUCAACUAGGGAGCGCGCCCCAAUUUGCGUUUCAACGUUCCCAGACACGUUACGAGAAAUUUCCAACGAGCAAACAAACGGGAAAAUGGUUUUAACUGACAAAUUUGAGAAAAAUGAGCAUUUUAAUGCGCCUAAAUUUAGGAGGUCAUUUUGCUAAUGAAUUGUCACAUCUUCUUCCGCCAUUCUUUACUUUCAUCUACUACAAAUAUCAUCCAACACUGUGAACAAAGUUCAUGCAUUUUGAUUGCUCAAACAUUUGAGAGAUUAUGGCUAAUACGGGGUAUGUGUAUAUCAACCUUCGUUUCUGCUUGAGUUAAUAUUUUAUUAGUAGAUUGAGAUUGUGUGUGUAAAUUAGUUAGAUAGUUAUUUUAUUUUUUCUAUAUUUUUUUUUAUGUCUUGUGCAUAGAGCCUUCAAACUUGUUGUUUGGUGGAGAAUUCAACAAAAAAGAGAGAAAGUUAGGGUUGAGGUUUACUGGUGGUUCCAAUUCAUGAUGAGCAACUAUAUGAGCUAAUCAACACUAAUUGAUGACAAUAAGGGGUAGAAAAGACAUUAACUGCCUUUACAUUUAGGUUGUCAGAAUUGCAAAGAAAAAGUAAAUUUUAUCACUGUGGUAUCCCUGCUAUGGAUGAUGUCAGAGUUGAUAUGACAAAAGAUUUCAUGGCACGAAAUCCAAAUCGUGAGUUUUGCUUAGAUAGGUGUUGAGUUCGCUAGUCAUCUAGAAGAGAAGGGAGAUACAUUGAGUAUGCGCUCGAGUAGUGCCCUUAGUGAGCCAAAUGAUCAUAUGGAUGAGGGCAACGAGGACAAUUGGUGAUGGCAAUUUGAACCCGCCUUGCGGGUAUUACCCGACCCAAAGUAGCGUGGAACAAGGCAUGUGUAUAUACUUCCGACCCUCCCUGGCCCACUCUUGGCCCAAUCUAACUCAAAUUUCUAUAGUAUUUAUUCAUAUUUCUCCUAAUUUAACUUUUCUUCAACUAGUUAGAGUCGAUCUUUCAACUAGUAAGACUCAAUUACUCAUUCUAUUACCACUAUUGUCAUUUAUAAAGUGUUUUCCCUUCAUUUUAUCGUAAAAAGUAAAGUUUUACGUAUAUUUUUUCAAAUAACAUGCAAGAGUGGGUCGACCCGACCCAUACCCGCGCGAGUAUUACCCCCUCCCCCCCCCCCCCCCUCCGGCGACCGGUAGUAGCGUGGGGCGGAGCAUGGGUAUUGGGGUACCCGCUCGCCCCAUUGCCGAGGACAAGGAUAAUGGCAAUGAUGUCGAUGUAGAUGAGCACCAAAUUAUUGUGAUUGAAGGAGCGCCUGCUACAUAAAAUAUAGAGACAUAUGUUCCUGCAAAACAUUAUUUUGUGCUUCCGGAAGGCUAUGACAACGACUUGAGAAUUGACUCUUAUGGAGAUAUGAAUGAUAAACUAGGAAGCCGUCCAGGACAAGAGUUCUACAUUGUUCAGAUAAUUUGUUCAAAAUAAGUUGUACAAAGGGCCAUAAAAAUUUACGCGAUGGGAAGUUACUUCCAAAUUAGAUUGGUAGAGUCAACACCAACUUUGGAAGGUGAAAUGCAACAACUACAAGGAGAACAUCUACACAUGGAUGGUUCGGUUUGCCUCAAAAGAUUCUAGUGGGGAUUAGAUAAUUAAAAGACAGAUUUGGCGCAUUCUUAUUGCAACACGACUCAAUUGAAGGAUCAUCGCCAACGUGAUGUAGAUAUUAUUUUUGACACCAUGAGGCGUUUUGUUAAAACCCAAUCAUAUAUACGGGAUAAAUUACACGUUUGGUCACUCAAAUUACACAAAUUUUCACGUUUGCCACCCGAAUUACUUUCUUUCUUAUUCGCCACUAACUUUGUGAAUCGUUUCACUGUUAGUCACUAAGUGGCAGUCAAUUAUAACAUUUGAUCGUUAACUAGAUGCAUGAAAAUGAAAAAUAAAUAAAAAAUUAAAUUAUUUUUACACUUCAUCAUUUCACUUACUUUGAUUUACCAAGCACCGCCGCCGAUGGAUCUAAUCACACUUUGCAUGAAGAUUAUACUUCGAUUAGUACUGCAGCUUUUCAUAGAAGCAGAAGUUGAGCCAUUUCUACCGCCGACGGUGUUCUCACCUCGACAACGACAUGUAAAUUACAGAAGCCAGUAGCAACAAUAGCAACUCUAGCCUAGCUGCUUUGGGUGGGGGAAACAAUAUAGGUCUGUUUAUCAAAAGUUAGCAUAAUUGUACUCUGGGUUUGCUCUGUGUGGCUCUGUGAAAUUCUUUCAAUCCCGAAUCUCUGAUACAUCAAGGAAAAGAUCCAUUUUCCAUCUCUUUAACUGUGGGUAUGCUGGUUUAAUGGUAGGUUAUUUCCCAGACUCCAACACGAGCUGAUGGGGAAAUUUUUGCGAUUCAUCAUUGUCGGCCGCUGAAUUCAAUCGGCACAGAAAAGCAUUUAGAGUGAAACAGAAUCGCUAGAGGACUAACGAAGAAGGGAGAGGGGCAUCGGUAUUGGGCCAGCUCAGACAGAUGAAAUAUUGGGAUCGGGAUGCCUAAUCAUAGACUCAUUCUCUCCAAUUUGCUCAGCCUCGCCCUGCUUUACAAGUUCAGCGGGAUCUACCUCAAUACCGACGUCGUGGUCCAGUGGAGCCUCGCCGGGCUAAGGAAUUCCAUCGGCGCACAGACAUUCGGCCGGAAUCGCCCGCUCGUUUAUCGGUUCAUCGUGGAGUUCGCAAGGACGUUUGACGGGAACAAGUGGGGGCAUAAUAACGAUCUGUAUUUGGGUUUGAGGGUCGUGGAAAGGGUGGUGGACGCAGGGGAUUCGGGUUUUAAUUUCACGGUGCAGUCGCUGGCGGUGUUUCAUCCUGUAGAUUGGAACAUGAUUUUGGCCCUGUUUCACGAUCGCGGGGUCGGGUUCAUGCGAGGUGGCUGAGGAAGAAGCUGGGGCAGAUCAUUGGCGGUGCUUGGUAAAUCAAAAAGUAGGCGGAAU